CCCAACUUGGCGAACGGCAACUUCCAAUUGAGUUCAACGUUUCGAGGCGGAUCGCCGUUUUCUCUUUACAAACCGUGUCCGGAUUUGGUCACCCCUUUCAUUCCCCAAUUAUCAGCCAACGGUGGUGCGGGUGCGAGAUACCCACUACCAGUAGCGGGGCUAACUGCUGUGCUCACUAGAAAUUUCAACAUCUCUUGUGGGACAUAUCAAUGGAAGAGGGGUUCAUCAAACACGAAGGCGAGCCAUGGCGGGUCCUUGAAUUCUACAGCGGUAUUGGCGGCUUGAGAUAUUCGCUAAUGAAGAGCGGUGUGAAGGCUGAAGUAGUGGAAGCUUUUGACAUAAAUAACGUUGCUAAUGAUGUUUAUGAGCACAAUUUUGGUCACCGUCCUUAUCAGGGCAAUAUUCAGAGUUUGACUGCUGCUGAUCUCGACAGUUAUGGAGCAGAUGCAUGGCUUCUUUCACCUCCUUGUCAACCCUAUACUCGACAAGGUCUUCAGAAGCAAUCCGGUGAUGCUCGGGCAUCUUCUUUUCUGAAGAUUCUUGAACUCAUACCACAGACUAAACAGCCACCCAAAAUGCUGUUUGUGGAAAAUGUUGUUGGAUUUGAGACAUCUGAUACACGCACAAAAAUGGUAGAGAUUUUAGCAAACUCAGAAUUUUUUACACAGGAGUUUAUUUUGAGUCCGUUACAGUUUGCUGUGCCCUACUCCAGGCCACGCUAUUUUUGCAUGGCAAAAAGAAAACCUUUAUCUUUUCAGUUCAAAGUCUUCAAUAAUCAACUUCUUUAUUCUUUAGGCCCAUUACUUGGGCAAAAUGAGAACACACUCAUAGAUGGAUUUGAUCAAGCACCAGAGAACUGGGAUAAGUUGCUCCAAUCAUGUGAACCAGUGGAGAGUUUUCUUGAAUUCAAAAAUUCUAGUGACCAAGCAGAUGAAGAAAACCUGGAAAACAUUGCUGAAGGAAAUCUUAUCAAAAUGGAAAAGUUUUUUGUCCCUUCAUGCUUGAUAGAUAGAUGGGGAAGUGCUAUGGAUAUUAUCUAUCCGGAUUCAAAACGAUGCUGUUGUUUCACUAAGAGUUAUUAUAGAUAUGUGAAAGGGACUGGAUCCUUGUUAGCAACUGUCCAGCCAAAGGACAAAGGGAAAACAUCUUCAUUGAAGGAGCAAGGUCUAAGAUAUUUUACCCCCCGGGAGGUUGCUAAUUUGCAUUCUUUCCCUGAGGAUUUUCAUUUUCCUCAGCAUAUUAGCCUCAGACAACGUUAUGCUUUGCUGGGGAACAGUUUAAGUAUAGCUGUGGUUGCUCCCUUGCUCUGCUACCUAUUUACGCAACCAUUGUGACAUCUGAUUGUAAAAUAUCUAUGGUAUAUUCCAUGCCCCAAUUUCCUUGGGGGAUGUGUCGUGGUUUUCUCCCAAAUAUUUGGUCAGCAGUUGCAAUUUAGCCCCUACACGAUAUCAACCAUUAUGUAGAGGAGAAGCUUUAUCUAGAGGAGAGAUAUGGACAAAGAUGUAAUUUGCGUCCAAUGUAUUCCUACGAGGAUUAUUGGUAAUCAGGGACUAAACAGACUGCUAAUUGUUGUGUCAAGUUUGCAAUACAGUUACUUUCAAGAGACAGAUAAGAGGAGGGUGGUGUUCAGUGAACUUCGGUAAAAUGUAUUAUAUCGUCUCGUUCCAGUGAAUUUUAGGAAAUUGUGUAAUGAAUUUUAUUUACUUUUUUUUUGAGAAUAGAAAAAGGAAAAUCAUUCUGGUGGGUUUUUA